AUGCGAGCCUCCCUGUCGUUGCUCGCGUGCAGCGCGCUUCUUGCACAUGCAGCUACAACCAGUCUAGAUGGGAUCUACUCACUCGUUCAGCGCCAGAUUCCUGAACAUGCCGAUUCGUUCACGUUUUCGCUCAUUCAAGGUGAUGGAGAUACCUUCGUGAUCAGUGAUUCUACGGAAGCAACAAUUGUCGAUAUACAGUGCUCGACUGUCAGUGCCUGUGCAAGGGGACUAUAUACAUACCUGACGCAGUUCGGUGGUGUCGACAUUUGGUGGACCGGCUCUCGCCUCAGUUUACUGCCAACGCCCCUACCCGCUGUAGGGACUCCAGUCAACGGAACAGCCAUCGUACCUUACCGAUAUCAUUUCAACACCGUCACCUUUGAUUAUACCGCCGCUUGGUGGGACUGGGAUCAAUGGCAGUCUCAGCUUGAUUGGCUUGCUCUGCGCGGCGUCAACCUUCCUCUCGCAUGGGUUGGUUAUGAAUAUUUCCUCGUCCAGGUGUUCCAAGAGGUCGGCCUUUCAGACGAAGACAUCGCUUCGUUCCUCUCAGGACCAGCGUUUCAAGCAUGGAACCGCUUCGGAAACAUCCAGGGCAAUUGGGGCGGCCCGUUGCCUGCAGAAUGGAUCGACAGCCAGUACGCUCUCCAGCAACAGAUCGUCGCAAGAAUGUACGAGCUGGGCAUGACACCCGUGCUGCCUGCUUUUACAGGCUUCGUACCUCGCGCGAUGGCAGACUUGUAUCCUGACGCAGCCAUCGUGAACGGUAGCCAGUGGAAUACUUUCUCACCCGCCCUGACCAACGUUACCUUCCUCGAACCGUCGAACGACCUCUUCGCGACGAUGCAGAAAUCGUUCAUAGUCAAGCAGCAGGCCGCAUAUGGUGCCAACGUGUCGCAUGUCUACACGCUGGACCAGUACAACGAGAACAGCCCCUAUAGCGGCGACACGGCUUAUCUUGCGAACAUAUCCAGCGGGACCUUCGCAGCACUCCGAGCCGCCGAUCCAGAGGCAGUCUGGAUGAUGCAGGGGUGGCUCUUCUUCGAGCAGGAGGCUUUCUGGACGACAGACCGCAUCUCCGCUUACCUCGGCGGCGUCCCCGGCGACGACAGCAUGAUCAUCCUCGACCUCAUCUCGGACGUGUUCCCGCAGUGGCAGCGGACCGAGUCUUACUACGGCAAGCAGUGGGUCUGGUGCGAGCUGCACGAUUUUGGCGGGAACAUGGGCCUCGAAGGGAACCUCCCUGAACUCGUCUCCCGCCUCAUCGAGGCUCACUCCGCCUCCCCGAGCAUGAAAGGCAUGGGCCUGACCAUGGAGGGACAGGAGGGCAACGAGAUCGUCUACGACAUUGUCCUCGACCAGGCAUGGUCAGCCACCUCGCUCAACAUCACCGCCUACGUCGAGUUCUGGGUAGCGCGUCGCUACAUUGUGAAACCGCUGCCGUCCGCCGCUCAGGAAGCCUGGGCGAUCCUCAGCACGACCGUUUACAGUGACUCGGUUAGCGACGCGACGAUCAAAAGCAUAUUUGAGUUGGAGCCCGCCAUAUCGGGUCUCACGGAUGGGUUCUUCACCACUGUUCCAUAUGACACGAACACGACCAUCGUCCCCGCACUGCAAAACCUCGUCGCUGCGGCUGCAGAAAAUUCCUCUCUGCUCGCGGUGCCAGAGUUCCUGUACGACCUCGUCGACGUCACCCGUCAGCUGCUCGCCAACCGCUUCAUCGAUGCAUAUACCACGCUCGUAGCAACGUACAACUCCUCCGACGCGACGUCAGCCGCCAUCACCGCCGCGGGCGCGCCCCUCCUCACGAUCCUCAGCGACGUCGACACGCUGCUCUGGACGAACGACAACUUCCUGCUCGCUAACUGGAUCGCGGACGCGCGGAGCUGGGCCGGGAGCAACAGCACGUACGCAGACUACCUUGAGUACAACGCGCGGAACCAGAUCACGCUCUGGGGGCCGAACGGGGAGCUUACAGACUACGCGUCGAAGCAGUGGGCAGGUCUGGUGGGGACGUAUUACUACCAGCGGUGGGAGACCUUCAUUGGCUACCUCGUGAACGUCACUGAAAGUGGGGCGGUGUAUGACAAUACGACACUGCAUGAGGAUAUGCUGGCUAUUGGCGAGGCCUGGGAUUCUGAAACCUGGAGUGCAGGGUCGGAGGUGACCGGAGAUACCAUGAGUGUGGUGACGAAGUUGAUGCAAAGGUGGAUAGGAUAG